UUAUUCCUACUGUUUGAUCUAACUAUCAACAAUCGGUCUAUUAUUUUGGUCACAAAAAAACGGCGAUAUGCUUUUAUUUGUCAGUCAUAAAUCAGACAAGAUUUACUACACGAGAAUGAUAAUGACAGUGGCAAGCACAUAUUGCUAGUGUAAGCUGUUACGAGUCAUAGUUUCGUUGGUCACAUGAUUCUUAACGUCGGUGAUCUUCGUAUCGGAUCGAGUGUCGUUUCAACAUGGCUGCGGCAAAGUGCGAGUCAAAGGAAGGUCCGCCGAUCGAUUUAUCCAAAUCUCCAAUAUUCUCGGAAACAACCGUCGAGAGCAUCAAAGAGCACGACUCCUCGGGAACACCUCUGCAGUCCUCCUGGACCUUUUGGCUUGAUAGGGCAAUUUCAGGUACGACCGCCGAGGAGUAUAAGGAGAAUCUGAAGAAAAUUUAUACGGUGAAUACCGUGCAAAGUUUUUGGGCGGUUUUCAAUAAUAUUCCUAAUGCUGCUGACAUACAGGUUAGAUACAGCUAUCAUCUGAUGAGGGAUGACAGGUAUCCCAUGUGGGAGGAACCUGUGAAUCAACACGGUGGCACCUGGAGAUUGAAGUGCCAUAAGAGCGACACAGCUGAAGUUUGGAAAGAAGUAGUGCUGGCAGCCAUUGGUGAACAAUUCAUUGAUAGCGUUGCUGAAGGGGAUGAGAUAUGUGGAGUGACUGUGUCAAUUAGAGACAGGGAUGACCUGAUCCAGGUGUGGAACGUUAAUGCUGACUUAGCAGCAAAGGCUACGGUGCUACAAAAGAUACAUAGACUCCUACCUCAUGUUGUUUUCCCAGCAGAAUUUUAUAAGCCUCAUCAGUCGCACCAUGCGUAUGGUCGCCGUUAAUUUUCUAGAGGACGCACGAGGUUGUGUGAUUAAAAAUGUCUAAUUGUCCGUAAACUGUUAUGACGACUGCUCGAUACGAUGGUACUCUAUAUUUUAUGCUUGUGAAAUGUAAAUUUGUAUAGCUUAUUACAUUCUUUUAUCAUGUAACUAGCGCCGGUUUUUAAACUAUUUCCUUUUGGCAUUGAAUAUCUACUUUCGAAACAAUAAAUAUAUUUUUAUACUUACGAUUAGGA